UUUUCUUUUUUUUUUUUUUCUUUUUUUUUCCCUCCAGUGCAGGGCUGGGAAAUUCCUGGCUGGGAAUUUUGGGAGAGGAGCAUCAGGGAAGCCAAGGGCAAUAAAGGAUGCAUCGAUCUAUACAUUUACAGGCAAUAGAUAUUUACCCGACAGGGACUCGCCUUUUCCUAUUAGUUUCCCCCUCUUCCUUGGCUGUCUCAAGCUCUCCUUACCUGCCCAACACACCUGUGGCAGGUGGGAGAUGUCCCACAGGAGACAUUCCCGCCUUUUCCCCCCAAAAUGAGCAGCGAGAUGAGAAAAUUUUUGACCGUUUGGGAAGGGGGAUGAAAAGUUCGGCUCCUUCCCCAGCCUGGCUGAGGCUCUGGAAGGAGGGACGAGGAUCCUGGAGAGGGUUAAAGACCCCAGGGAGAAGCUCCGGGCCCGGGGACAGGUGGAGGGAGGUGCUGGAAACGCGAUCCCGGCGCUGGGCAGGGAAAAGAGCUUUGGCACGGAGGAGAGGAGCAGAGCCCGAGCGCCCGGGGAGGAGGAGGAGGAGGAGGAGGAGGAGGAGGAGGAGGGGAAGGCCUCGGUGGGUGCCCAGGAUAGACGCAAUGGGGGAGGGGAAAGAAUGGUAAGUGAGACGGGAGGGGGGUGGCGGUGACAGAGGGGACAAAUGGGGCACCCGAGGGCCGGCGGGGGAGCGGAGCUCGGGCCGUGCCGCGAUGUCCGAGGCGGCCGCGGCCGCCGCGGGUUUGCACCGCCGGAGCUCGGCGGAGCGGCCGCCGCGGACCCCGUCCCGCUGGGACCCCGCGGCCACCCGGCUGGCAGCGCAGCUCGCCCCCUCUAGACCCGUCCCGGCGCAAAACCCGGGGCGGUUCGGGCGCUUUGGGAGGACGCCCCUGUCCGACGCCUCCGCUCCGAGGAGAGAGGCCAUGGCAGCCGUGUUCCUGCCCGGAAACCUCCAGGACGAGGCCACCUGCUCCGUGUGCCUGGAGUUCUUCAAGGACCCCGUGUCCAUCGAGUGCGGGCACAACUUCUGCCGGGCGUGCAUCGUCAAGAGCUGGCGGGAGCUGGAGAUGGAUUUCCCGUGCCCGCAGUGCCGGGAGGUUUUCCAGCAGCGGAGUUUCCGUCCCAACCGGCAGCUGGCGAACAUGUCCGAGAUCAUCAGCCAGUUCGCGCUGCGCGGGGCCAAGGGCGCCGAGGAGGACGGGCUCUGCCCCCGGCACCGCGAGGCGCUCAAGCUCUACUGCAAGGACGACCGCAGGAGCAUCUGCGUGGUGUGCGACAGGUCCCGGGAGCACCGGCCGCACGCCGUGGUGCCCGUGGACGAGGCUUCCGACGAGUACAAGGAGAAAAUCCAGGCGCGCCUGGAUUUCCUGAGGAAGGAGCGGCAGGAGCUGCUGGAGUUCAAAGUGAACGACGAUAAAAAGACCCAGGAGCUGCUGAAAACCAUCGAGGCCGAGAGGCAGAAGCUGCUCUCGGACUUCGAGCGGCUGCGGCAGUUCCUGCACGACCAGGAGCACGUCCUGCUGGGGCAGCUGGAGAAGAUGGAGAAGAGCAUCUCCAAGAGGCAGAACGAGAACAUCACCGACCUCUCCAAGGAGAUCACGCUGCUCAACAAGCUCAUCACCGAGCUGGAGGAGAAAAUCCAGCAGCCCAUGCUCGAGUUCCUCAAGGACGUGACGAGUGUCAUAAGCAGGAGCGAUGAGGUGAAGUGCCACAAGCCCGUCCCCGUCUGCACCGACAUGAAGACGCACGUCUGCAACUUCUCCCUCAAAACCGCCGUCCUGGAAAAGGUCCUGAAGAAAUUCCGAGAACACCUGCAGGACGAGCUGGGAAGAGGUGAAAAAGAGGACCUGACCCUGGACCCCGACUCCGCCAACCACCUGCUGAUCCUCUCCGCCGACCUCAAGAGCGUCCGCAUGGGCUGCAGGAAGCAGGAGCUGCCCGACCACCCCAAGCGCUUCGACACCAACUCGCGGGUCCUGGCCAGCACCGGCUUCCAGUCGGGGCGCCACUACUGGGAGGUGGAGGUGGGGCCGUCGGACGGCUGGGCCUUCGGCGUGGCCAGGGAGUCGGUGCGCAGGAAGGGGCUGACGCAGUUCUCCCCCGACGAGGGCAUCUGGGCCGUGCAGCAGAACGGCGGCCGCUACUGGGCCGUCACCUCGCCGCAGCGCACGCCGCUGAGCCCGGGCCGCAAGCUGAGCCGCGUGCGCGUGUGCCUGGACUACGAGGGCGAGGAGGUUUCCUUCUACGACGCCGAGAGCAUGGAGCACAUCUUCACCUUCAACGUGGCCUUCCGGGAGAAGGUGUUCCCGCUCUUCUCGGUCUGCUCCACCGUCACCUACAUCAAGCUGUGUCCCUGAGGCGCCUCGGGGAGCGCCGGGGGAAGGGGCUGGCGCCCGGACGGGCUCGAAAGGCUCAAAUCGGGCUGGUUUGGGUGGGGUGGGCAGCCGGGUGGUCAGGAGAGCAUCGCAAGGAGGGUCCUCAGGGCAGGUGAAAGCAGAGAGGUGUUCCAGAAAUUGUCAGCUUAAGGGUGGGUUGUGGUCACCAGCUUGGAGGCUGUGGCCACCAACUCAAAGCCACACCUGGAAGGGGUGACAAGCUCAGCCAGUCGGUGACAAGGAACCCUCCAGGUGUCAUUUGUGGCUCUGGGUCUGACCCUGGGUGGAGGUUUAAGGAUCCUUGGACAGGCUCUUUCUUAGGGAUCCUCGUGGGAAGCUUUGGAGUGGCCCCUCCACCCCUUUGGAAGUUGCCGGUGGCUGGGGAGUGGAAUAUUUAUGGGAAUAAAUCUCACCUAUGGGAAAGGUGAGAUUGAGCAGGGAUCUUUGGACGUCCAUCCAAGGCAAAGCUCCUCUGGGUCUCCACAGAGAGGAAAUCCAGUCAGAAAUUUCCUGGCUCCUUCUCCCACCCUGGGGUAAUAACUGUCCCCAAAAGCUGUUUUUGGGAUGUCACGAGAGUUGUCCAAGCUUUCAGUCCAAGUGACCCAGGUGACCAGGUCUCAGGUGACCACUGUCCACCAGGUCUGACCUGCCCGCUGUGGAAGAGCCUGUGGGGUUUUGGCCGCUCUCCCUGUCAGGUUCUCCACCCACAGCUCCUCUGGAAGACUCUGGAAAAGGUUAAAAGGUGCUUUUUUUUUGGGAUAUUGUUGGUGAUGUUUGUCCUGCUGGACCUGAGCAAGACCCACGUUUGUCCCUCUGGUGCUCCCGUGGACGGGAUGUUCCCAAAAUGUCCCUUGUGGUUCUCACGCUUUGCGUGGGUUUAGGUGCUGAAUCUUGAACUCGCAUUUGCUUCUUCCACUCUGGUUUUGCCAAAAAAGAAAAAAAAAAAAAAAGAAAGAAAAAAAAAGAAGUGCUUUAAAAAAUAAUCAGUGUCUUAUUGCCUGAAGUGCUGGUCAGGGGGGAUUCUGGGGUUGGUCUUUUCCACAAAACACAUAAAACCCUUUAGGAAAUGACAGACUUGGGGGCAAGGUGGGGGGAGGAUUUAUUUGAUCCGUAACAAUUUUUCCUGGGUGGUUUGAGAUGAGAAAAGGCAGAAACAUCCCACAUUUUCAGCUGUUGUGUUGGUUCCUACCCUGAGAUUGAAAUUUAUAACUUUUAUUUAAUGAGCUAGCUGGUAAAUCCACAUUAUUUAAAGGCGUGGCAACUCUUACAGAGAUGAAGCCACAAGCAGGGGAAUAAAAUGUGUGAUUCUUGGGAGCUUCAUCCCCUGCUGAAGAAAUAUCAGAAAUAAAUGAAAAUCCCUGGAAUAAGGAAGAUAUUUACAGGGCCACAACUUUCCUGAUGUCAAAAUCGUGUUUGAUUUGGAACUGCCUGAGCUAUUCUUAGCCCUUGUGUGGGAAAUAAAAUAUAAAAGUGCUAC